AAUUGCACACUCGCAGCACCUGCCUGAUAUUCCCACGUUAUACAACGAUCCGGCGUUGUGCUCGUUUCGACGCGAAAUCGUGCGCCGCGCGAGGCGGAUAAUGAGCGCAAAAAGGUGGAUGAUGCAAAAUAAGCGCCAACACAGAUGUGCGAUCGACUAAUGUCUUCGCAGCACACAGCAUUCGAUGCAACACGCAUGCAGAAACGCGUUGACAAAAAAGAGCACGCAUCGCGAAGACGUUUAUCGGAAAUGAGCGUGAGAACUGCCGAAAAUUAACUUACUGCAAAUAAAACGCAAUCUAAACUGAAAACAGAAAUAUUUUCGUCUGCCUGCUCGUUUAGAAGAUGUGUAUAUGGUUGCCUACAUUUCGGGCUAAGUUCCGAUUAUUUGAACAUUCUACAUAGGUGGCGUGGUUGGUUACUGUGGUUAUGGGGUGUUGAUGCACGAUUGUUUCGCUAGUGGGCGAGUGGCACAUCGCGCUGCACAAUUUGUUCAAUUUCACCGGGUAUAAUGUGGUCUACACGAUUCGAUCUUAGCCCGGUCCCUCCAGAAGACGACAUUGACAGUGAAUCUAGCGAUGAUGAGCCCGAAUUGCCUGUUCGUACUUAUCAUCUAGCUUGUGUGCACAUUUUGAACCCUGACUGCGUUAUUCUCGGAUCAUACGUACAUGACAUAACUGAAAAUCGGGAUGCACUUGACGAGAUGGUGUUCCAUGUACCAAUGCGGUACAUUCAUAUUGCUGAAGUUGAUAUUCUGGCAGGUUAUCAUAUGCUAAUUGAGAUCCCGAUUUUGAUGGACUUGAGCGAUGGUAUCUUUGGUCUUAAUCGAGAAGUUGGUUUUACGCAUUGUUGUGUCCUUCGGUGGAUCGUGGCGUACGACCGGGCAGAGUUGUACGAACUGGAACCGAUUGAAUUGCAGUUCGAACCAGAAUGCGCAUUUCACUAAUCAACAAUUAGGUACAACACUCGGCAUGUGUAUGUAAAGGUAGUUUAAGAUAAUUUUGCAGAGCUUUACUAUUUAAUCAAUUAAAAUGUGUUGAACAGCAAUAAAAUAUAUUUUUCAAACUUA